AUGUACUUAAUCUUCCUCUCCCUGUUUCGUUUCCCCCGUCUAUAUUGGGAUUUCUGUCUUCCUUUUUUCUUUCUGCUUUAUUUCUUUCUUUUUUUCUUUCUUUCUUUCCUUAGCUUUUUACUUUUUAAGCAUUUAUCGUUUCUUUCUUUUUUUUUUUUUCAUUUUUCGCUUGUUUACUUCAUUUUAUAUUUCUCCUCCCCUUGUUCUUUCUCUUUUUCUGUUUUCUCUGAAUUUCUUUCUUUCUUUCUUUCUUUCUUUCUUUCUUUCUUUCUUUCUUUCUUUCUUCAAUCAGUAUUGCUUUCUUUUUCUUCUAUUACUUCUUUCUCUCCAUGCAUGCAUUGUUUGUUUUUCACUUACUUUCGCUCGUUUUUUCGGCAUUAUAAUCUUCACUUUAUAUUAUUUCUCUCUUUUUUCUUUCUCUCUACUUCUUUUCUUUCUUUUCUCUUUCUUUAUUUUGCUUCCUUCUUUCUUUCUUUGUCUCCUUUCUUUUUAAGCAUUAUCCUUCCUUUCUUCCGUUUUUGCUCUUUUCUUCAUUCUAUUAGAUAUUCUUCCUCUUCUUGUUCUUUCUCUCUUCCUUUCUAUCCACUCCUAUUCAUUCUCUCUUCCUUACUUUCUUUCUUUCUUUCUUUCUUUCUUUCUUUCUUUCUUUCUUUCUUUCUUAUUUGCUUUCGUCAAUUUCCUUCAAUUUUCGCCCCCUUCAGAAUCUGCUGA